AUGAAUGCGCCUUUGCCUUCUUCUGCGGAUCCUAUGUCAAAAGCUUCGACCCCUCAGUCUCUCACCAAAAUCACGUUCGGCUCUUCCGGGUUCGAGACCGAGCUGCCACCUCAGAAGGAGGGUGACCACCCGGCGGCCCGUAGUCCUGUUUCUUCAGCUAGCGAGUACCUGCUCCCGCAAGAGGCCAUGAUUCUAGGCACAACUCAGGCGAGGGUCUACACCGCCAGAGAAGUGUCGCCUAGAUCUGUCGGUCUGGUAAAUCCUGGUUGCUCGUGA